AAAAUUGGACAAGGAACGUUCGGGCUACAUACCAAAAAAAGAGUUAAAUGGUGACAUAAGACGAUUGUUUUGUGUUAUUUCAGCGAAGUAUUUAAAGCAAAGUGUCGCAAAAAUGUUUCCAAUAACUGCCCUACGAGAGGUGAAGAUGUUGCAGAAAUUGAAGCAUAAACACAUAACCGAGCUCAUCGAAAUCUGCAGCAGUCGAGCUUCAUCACACAAUCGUGAACGUAGCACCUUCUAUUUGGUAUUUUCGUUUUGUGAGCACGAUCUGGCCGGGCUCUUAUCAAACACACGUGUUCGUCUAUCAUUAGUACAUAUCAAAACGUUGAUGAAACAUCUCCUCGAGGGUUUAUAUCAAAUACAUUACGCAAAAAUCCUGCACCGUGAUAUGAAAGCCGCAAACGUGUUAAUAACCAGAGAUGGAAUUCUGAAAUUAGCUGAUUUCGGUUUGGCAAGGCCGUUAUUCACAAGACUUCCAGGUCAACCAGAGCAUUGUUAUACGAAUCGUGUUGUAACGUUGUGGUACCGACCUCCGGAAUUGUUGUUAGGUGAACGCCAUUACGGUCCACAAAUCGAUAUGUGGGGCGCAGGCUGUAUUAUGGCGGAACUUUGGACUCGGACACCAAUUUUACAAGUGAGUUUCUUUUUUGAUUGGAUCGGAGGACUCAUGCGAAGUUUUGUAUGGAAGCAUGAGGGCAAGUAUAGUUAUGUUUUGGGGAGUAUAUGUGUGAACGUAUGGAUGGAUUACAGGGUGAAAGUGAGCAAAAGCAGU